CUCCAGGGUGGCUAGAGGGCUGGGCAGGGACUCUUCCACUGCGCCUGGGGCGGGGGUUGCUGUGGCGCCACCUCCGGAGGCGGGGCCGGAGGCUUGUUUUCUCAGAGAAACUGGGAGUGGUACCAACUACCCAAGACCUCCACGCCCUGGACUCCCCUACACUCAGCACCCCAAUCCCUUAAUGUACACACACGCACGCGGACCCCGCGCAGAUCCAAAGCAGGAGUCAAACAGCAUCUUCGCGUUUUUACCAGCUCCCCCUUUUCUUACAAAGGAGGAAGAAGCGGGCACCUCCAACAUAGUGAUGGCUCUCCAGAAGACCCUUUCAUUGCUUCUGCUCUUGCUGCUGACCCUGCUGGGGCUGGGGCUGGUGCAGCCCUCCUAUGGCCAGGGCACGUAUGAAGGAUUCCAGCGGCAACAUGUGGACUCUACAGGGACAGGUGGCACCGACUUGUACUGCAACAGGAUGAUGCAAAGACGAGGGAUGACUUCAGAUGGUUGCAAGAAAUUCAACACCUUCAUCCAUGAAGACAUCGGGACCAUUAAUAACAUCUGCAGGACCCCCAAUAUCCGGUGCAAGAGAGGCAGGAUGAACUGUCAUGCGGGUGUAGUGAGAGUCACAGACUGCAGAAAUACAGGAGGUUACUCGCCCUACAACUGCAGAUAUGGGGCCAGGGCCAGCACUAGGCGUGUUGUCAUUGCCUGUGAGGGUAACCCCCUGGUGCCUGUGCACCUUGACAGCUAGAUGCUACCCUGCAGGGGUUAUGGCCCCGUGGUUGACCUUUUACUUGUUCCUUGAAU